AUGAGUCUGCUCGCACCAGAGGAUGAAGGAGACGGCAUCGAGGUCGCGUGGGAGGACCAGCAGCGUAUCAACACGUUCUCAAAGCUCAACAACCGGCUCGCCGACAUCCAGGACCGGUUGAAGGCCAAGAUGGAGGAAAAAGACUACUACGACGACCUGGAGAUGGAGCUCGAGCUCGCUGACGGGCCCGUGCUUUACAAGCUUGGCGAGGCGUUUUUCCAGCUAUCUCUGCCCGCGGCCAAGAAGCAGCUGCGGGCUGAUAUUAAGCGGUACGAUGGGGAGAUUGGGGAAUUGCGCGGACAGGCAGGCGAGUGUGAGGAGGGGAUGAAGGAACUCAAGGUGUUGCUAUACGCAAAGUUUGGCAAGCAGAUCAAUCUCGAGACGGGGCCCGAGUAG